CCAAUAGCGUAUGCCGGGUGGCGGCCGUUGGGCAGAGUGGAUGGCAGAGGAAGCUGAGCGGUAACGGAGAGCUGCCCGAGUGACCGUCAGCAACCAUGGGGAACCGGGGGAUGGAGGAGCUGAUUCCCCUCGUCAACAAGCUCCAGGACGCGUUCAGUUCCAUAGGCCAAUCCUGCAACCUCGACUUGCCGCAGAUAGCCGUGGUGGGAGGACAGAGCGCCGGCAAGAGUUCCGUGCUGGAGAACUUCGUCGGCCGAGACUUCUUGCCCCGUGGAUCCGGCAUCGUCACACGUCGUCCCCUCAUCCUCCAGCUCAUAUUUUCUAAAACAGAAUACGCUGAAUUCCUUCACUGCAAAUCCAAGAAAUUCACAGACUUUGACGAGGUUCGUCAGGAGAUCGAAGCGGAAACUGAGAGAGUAACUGGAUCAAACAAAGGCAUCUCACCAGUACCCAUCAAUCUGCGGGUAUAUUCUCCUCAUGUUCUGAAUUUGACCUUGAUUGACCUCCCGGGUAUCACCAAGGUCCCUGUUGGUGACCAACCACAGGACAUAGAAUACCAGAUCAAGGACAUGAUUCUGCAGUUCAUCUCCCGGGAGAGCUGCCUCAUCCUGGCCGUCACGCCCGCCAAUACCGAUCUGGCAAACUCCGACGCCCUGAAAAUGGCCAAGGAGGUGGAUCCACAAGGUUUACGGACUAUUGGUGUUAUAACCAAGCUGGAUUUAAUGGACGAAGGCACAGACGCCAGGGACAUUCUGGAGAACAAACUACUGCCAUUAAGAAGAGGUUAUAUUGGGGUUGUGAACAGAAGUCAGAAGGACAUAGAUGGUAAAAAAGAUAUCCGCGCAGCUUUGGCAGCAGAAAGGAAGUUUUUCCUGUCUCAUCCUGGGUAUCGGCACAUAGCUGACAAAAUGGGAACGCCUCAUUUACAGAAGACCUUAAAUCAGCAACUCACCAACCACAUCCGGGAGACUCUGCCUGCCCUGAGGAGCAAACUGCAGAGUCAGAUGCUGUCCCUGGAGAAGGAGGUAGAGGAGUAUAAAAACUUCCGCCCCGAUGAUCCCACUAGGAAGACGAAAGCUCUCCUUCAGAUGGUGCAGCAGCUUGGCGUGGAUUUUGAGAAGAGAAUUGAAGGAUCGGGCGAUCAGGUGGACACGCUGGAGCUCUCUGGAGGUGCCAGGAUUAACCGCAUUUUCCAUGAACGUUUUCCCUUUGAGCUUGUGAAGAUGGAGUUUGACGAGAAAGAUCUGCGGAGAGAAAUCAGCUACGCCAUUAAGAACAUCCACGGUGUGAGGACGGGUCUCUUUACCCCGGAUAUGGCCUUUGAGGCCAUAGUGAAGAAGCAGGUGGUGAAACUGAAGGAACCGUGCCUGAAAUGCGUGGAUCUGGUCAUCCAGGAGCUGGUCAACACUGUGAGGCAAUGUACAGUCAAGCUUUCCUCUUAUCCCAGACUUCGAGAAGAAAGUGAGAGGAUUGUCACGACGUACGUCCGGGAGAGGGAAGGGAAAACUAAAGAUCAGAUACUUCUACUGAUAGACAUUGAGUUGUCUUACAUCAACACCAAUCAUGAAGAUUUCAUUGGAUUUGCCAAUGCGCAGCAGAGGAGCACCCAGCUCAACAAGAAGAGGGCCGUCCCCAACCAGGGAGAGAUUCUGGUCAUCAGGAGAGGCUGGUUAACCAUCAAUAACAUAAGCAUCAUGAAGGGCGGCUCCAAGGAGUACUGGUUCGUGCUGACCGCCGAGUCCUUGUCCUGGUAUAAGGAUGAUGAGGAGAAAGAGAAGAAGUACAUGCUGCCGCUGGACAACCUGAAGAUCCGAGAUGUGGAGAAGGGGUUCAUGUCCACAAAACACAUCUUUGGCAUUUUCAACACUGAACAGCGGAACGUAUAUAAGGACUUGCGUCAGAUAGAACUUGCCUGUGACUCCCAGGAGGAUGUGGACAGCUGGAAGGCCUCUUUCCUCCGAGCCGGGGUCUAUCCUGAAAAAGACCAGACAGAAAAUGAUGAUGAAGUCCAGGAAAACACAUUCUCCAUGGACCCUCAGCUGGAAAGACAGGUGGAGACCAUCCGAAACCUGGUGGACUCCUACAUGGCAAUUAUCAAUAAGUCCAUCCGUGAUCUCAUGCCAAAGACCAUAAUGCACCUCAUGAUUAAUAAUACAAAAGACUUCAUUCACUCGGAGCUGCUGGCGUUUCUGUACUCCUCCACUGACCAGAACAGCCUUAUGGAGGAGUCUGCGGACCAGGCUCAGCGACGAGACGAAAUGCUCAAGAUGUACCAUGCACUGAAGGAGUCUCUGAAUAUCAUUGGUGACAUUACCACUAGCACGAUCACCACCCCUGUCCCUCCACCGGUGGACGACGCCUGGCUGCAGAACUCCAGCAGCGGACACAGUCCAAAUGUGCAGAGGAGACCGGCUACCAACAUCUUGCCUCCAAGCCGCCCGCCUGCGGUGAGGGGCCCAACUCCUGGGCCCCCACUCAUCCCUGUACCUGCAGGAGGCGCUGCGUAUCCACCCAUCCCAUCCCGCCCUGGUUCUGUGGUUCCUUUCCCUGCUGCUAACAAUGACCCAUUCUCUGCGCCUCCACAGAUCCCAAACCGGCCAGCUCGUAUACCCCCUGGUGUACCCCCCGGUGUGCCCAGAAGACCACCUCCGACAGCUCCAGCCAAGAAUCAGUUUUGGUGACCAACAUCCUCCUGUAAGGGAUACAUCGGGUCUCCCCUAUGGAUUUGCCUUGUCUGCUUUAUUAGCCUCCACUGUCCACAAAUGGAUUUACAGGAGACCCUCUCAGUCUACUUAAGGAAUGCAUCAACUUUUUUGGACCAACAACUGAGGUUCCAUGAAGCGUCAACAUUGUCCAAGACAAGGUGCUAGACCAGUAUGGCCGUCAUUUAUGACCCCUCCACCCUGUCCAUUUCCUUCAACAUUUACCUAUAUGACCAAGGUCACCCAGGUCUAUAAGAAACUGUGGUAUUUGAUUCCAUCAUUUCCAGAAGCCCACCUGGUAUGGAGGCUUGGUGGUGUCUACUUCUGACUGUAGGAUUGAUUCUUUCAGGUGCACACUGUAUAUUUGGGGAUCUCGAAACGGAGACAUUACCCAAGGCUGCCUUUGUGGUGCAGUCUACAUUGGGGUGGGAUUUGUAAAAUGAGUCCGCAUACACCAUAUAUACUGGGAGAUUGUUUUUAUGAUGCAGUACUUGGCACUAGAGAGUCUAGUUUGGCUCAGAAAACUGGGGAUUGGUGGUUAUUCUAAUUUCCGAACAAUGGACGUCAAGAGCAGCCUGAAUUUCCUCGACCAGGAAAUCCAUCAAGAACCAAUGUCUAUAUUGGUGGUCUUCAACCCGCGGGUCUCCAGCUGUUGAAGUACUACAACUUCCAUGCUGCUAGUUUUGGAACAACAGCUAGAGAUCCACAGGUUGGAGACCACUGGAUCUAUAUUGUAGUUGAUAAGAUUAUAUUAUGAGAAUCACAGGGAGAAGAUGCUUGUACAAACUAACAAAUUCUGUAUAAUGUAUAAGAUGGUUAAAUUAGAGAGUCUCUUCUUAAUAAAAUCUUUUACCCACCAUC